AGUGGGAGGCGAAAACGCUGCGCUGUGCUCGACACUCAAUUUUCAUCAUACGCAAACGCGGGUCGGUCGUCCAGUUGGAAUAAAGCCAGCAGCCGGAAAACUCCAGUCCAGUGAUAUGUCGCUAUCGGUGGAAAUUGUCGCCACAACGCCCUACGAGGGUCAGAAGCCAGGCACCAGUGGAUUGCGCAAAAAGGUGAAAGUCUUCACCCAGGCAAACUACACUGAGAACUUUGUCCAGGCUAUUCUGGAGGCCAAUGGCGCUGCCCUUGCGGGUUCCACUCUGGUGGUCGGCGGCGACGGACGCUACUAUUGCAAGGAGGCUGCUGAGCUGAUUGUUCGCCUGUCCGCCGCCAAUGGUGUCUCCAAGCUGCUGGUGGGCCAGAACGGCAUUCUGUCCACGCCCGCCGUCUCCAGUCUGAUUCGUCAUAACAAGGCCUUGGGUGGCAUCGUUCUGACGGCUUCCCACAAUCCCGGUGGUCCCGAGAACGAUUUCGGCAUCAAGUUCAACUGCGAGAACGGCGGCCCCGCCCCGGACGCCUUCACCAACCACAUCUACAAGAUCACCACCGAGAUCAAGCAGUACAAGCUGGUCCGCAACCUGCAGAUCGACAUCUCCAAGGUGGGCGUGACCUCCUUCGAUGUGGCCGGCAAGCCCUUCACCGUGGAGGUAAUCGAUUCGGUGGCCAACUAUGUGCGCCACAUGGAGGAGAUCUUUGACUUUGCCAAGCUAAAGGAUUUCGUGAGCGGCAAGGCUACGGGCAAGCCCUUGAAGAUGCGUAUCGAUGCGAUGAAUGGAGUAACUGGCUCCUAUGUGAGGGAGAUCUUCCUGAACCGUUUGGGUGCCUCUGAAUCCUCGGUGGUGCACACGACACCACUGCCGGACUUUGGGGGUCUGCAUCCUGAUCCAAAUCUGACCUAUGCCAAGGAUCUCGUGGAUACUGUGGCGCAGGGAGACUACGAUAUCGGUGCCGCCUUCGACGGAGACGGUGAUCGCAACAUGAUCAUCGGCAGCAAGGCGUUCUUUGUGACGCCCAGCGACUCGCUGGCCGUGAUUGCCCACUACCUGGAGGCCAUCCCCUACUUCCAAAAGAAUGGUGUUCAGGGAUUCGCCCGCAGCAUGCCCACUGCCUCCGCCGUUGAUUUGGUGGGCCGAAAGCUGGGCAAGGAAGUGUUCGAGGUGCCCACUGGCUGGAAGUACUUCGGUAACCUCAUGGACGCCGGAAGGCUGUGCCUGUGCGGCGAGGAGAGCUUCGGAACCGGCUCCAACCACAUUCGCGAGAAGGAUGGCAUCUGGGCUGUGCUGGCCUGGAUCUCAGUGAUGCAGCACACGGGCAAAGGCAUUGAGGAUAUCCUGAAGCAGCACUGGUCUGUUUACGGACGCAACUACUUCACCCGCUACGACUACGAGGAGUGCGCCUCGGACCCCUGCAACGACAUGAUGAACACCAUGGAGAAGGCCAUCACUGAUCCGGCAUUCGUGGGCAAGAGCUACUCCAGUGGAGGAAAAACCUACAAGGUCAAGGAGGCGGACAACUUCAGCUACACGGAUCCGGUGGACAAGUCGGUGGCCACGAAACAGGGCCUGCGCAUUGUUUUCGAGGACGGCAGUCGCAUUGUGAUGCGUCUCAGUGGAACCGGCAGCUCCGGAGCCACCGUGCGCCUGUACAUCGAUUCCUAUGAGAAGGAGAACGUCUUGGGUCAGGCCAGCGUAAUGCUGAAGCCUUUGAUUGACAUUGCUUUGGAGAUCUCUCAGCUGCCCAAGUUCACCGGGCGCAAUGCCCCCACCGUGAUCACGUAAGGACCCAAACUGGAGUUCCUGCGCGGAAUAGAGAUCACUGAGAUUACUACCAACAACCCCUCCAACUACAAUCUCCUGUACUUGUACCUCAGCGAGGCAUUUCCUUUGUUAUGUUUGCGGUUUUUAUUAAAGUUUGUGUGUAGCCCAAA